GUAGAUAUUCUCAUUUCCAUGUUUAGUGUGAAUCUUUCUGCAUCUUUAUAUAUGUGUGGAAAGCCAGCAAAAGGGAUUCACAUUUCAUUCCUCUGAAUCCUGAAGUUGAGGAGGAGAAAUUUUUAUUUGUCUCAUUUUAUAGUUGACAAAUGUGCAUAUAGUGUUUUGGGAUAUUAUUCAUAUUAGUCGAACAAUGAGUCUUCGAGUAGCAGAUGCUGUAGUUGAUUCAGAGCAUGCUCGUGUAGUAGUUGAUUCAGAUAAUGCUCGCCUUCAUGAGCUAGGAUACAAACAAGAACUUAAUCGCGAUCUUUCGAUGAUAUCGAACUUCGCGAUUUCAUUUUCUAUUGUAUCGGUGCUAACUGGAUUAAACGGACUGAUGGGCACGGGGUUGAACUUUGGUGGCCCUGUAUCAUACAUUUAUGGAUGGCCAAUUGCUGGUACCUUCACCUUGUUAAUUGGCUUAUCAAUGGCUGAGAUUUGUUCUUCGUAUCCAACUUCCGGGGGUCUCUACUAUUGGAGCGCCAAGCUUGCUGGUCCGAGCUGGGGACCUUUCGCUUCUUGGAUCACUGGCUGGUUCAACAUUGUUGGUCAGUGGGCUCUCACAACAAGUAUUGAUUUCUCACUAGCACAGUUAGUUCAGGUGAUGAUUCUCCUUAGCACUGGAGGAAACAAUGGAGGCGGAUAUAUGAUCUCUAAAUAUGUGGUUAUGGCUCUCCACGGCGUAUUUCUUCUAAUACAUGCUAUAUUAAAUAGCCUUCCUAUCUCAAUGUUGUCGUUCCUCGGACAAGUCGGCGCUGCAGCCAAUUUUUUUGGUUGCUUUCUCAUGAUCGUGAUUCCAGCUGUUGCAACUGAAAGAGCUAGUGCUGAGUUUGUGUUUACCAACUUCAAUACGGAGAAUAAGGACGGAAUAAACAAUAGCUUCUACAUUUUCGUCUUGGGACUUCUUAUGAGCCAAUAUACAUUGACAGGUUAUGAUGCUUCUGCCUAUAUGUCAGAGGAAACUAAAGAUGCAGAUAAGAAUGGGCCACAAGGUAUUGUAAGUGCCAUUGGCAUAGCAGUUAUUGCAGGAUGGGCUUAUGCAAUUGGUCUAACAUUUGCGGUUAGAGAUAUUCCGAAUCUUUUGAGUGUAAAUAAUGAUUCGGGUGGUCACGCCGUUGCUCAAAUCUUUUACGAGGCGUUCAUCAGUAGAUAUGGCAGUAGCGUUGGUGCUGUAAUUUGCUUAGGUAUAAUUGGACUUGCCGUAUUCUUUGCUGGUAUGAGCUCACUAACUAGCAACUCAAGGAUUGCUUAUGCCUUCUCAAGAGACGGAGCAAUGCCAUUAUCGUCACAGCUCCAGAAAGUGAACAAGCAGGAGGUUCCGAUAAAUGCAGUCUGGAUGUCUGCUUUUGUAGCGUUUUGCAUGGCGUUGACGUCUCUUGGAAGCUUGGUAGCAUUUCAAGCCAUGACAUCAAUAGCAACGAUCGGGCUUUAUGUUGCUUACGCCAUACCGAUCUUAUUAAGGUUGACUCUGGGUCGAAAGACCUUCACUCGAGGGCGUUUUAACUUGGGGAGAUACGGGACCAUUAUAGGUUGGAUAUCAGUACUGUGGGUCGCGCUCAUCUCCGUGCUCUUCUCUCUGCCUGUUUCCUACCCUAUUACAGAUCAAACUCUCAACUACACUCCCGUUUUAGUUGGAGGCGUUCUCAUUCUAGUCGUUUCUACGUGGAACUUCAGUGGUAGGCAUUGGUUUAAAGGGCCUAUAAAGAAUAUCGACGAUAGCUCUAAGGAAGACGCGUAGAAACUAUAAUUUUUGUAACUGAACACUGUUGAAUUGUAUAUUGUAUAUUUGUCCUACAUUUGCCCUCGUUUUCCCUUUUUAUUGUGAUAGUUUUAGCUAUAAUUGUUUGCAUUUCUGGACUAAGUUCCUGUAGUGAAAAUUGAGGAUGAGACCAUUAGAAAUUCA